AUGGAGCUCUACUCUUUCGCUUUAUUGCAUGUCUUUUUUCUGUCUACCUGCUACAUCAAUUUUGCCUCCGCAGUCGAAUCGUUCCGCAAAGCAACUGUCAGCUUCGAAGUUGUCAAUGGAAGUUUCUCGCUCGCUACAAAAUCCUCGCCCGUUCAGAUUCAAAUCGAUGCGGCGGAUUGGCCCGGUGUGCUUCGUGCAGCCAAUGAUCUCGCUGUCGAUUUUGGUCGCGUGACGGGUGUAACCGGUACAUUGAUAGCGACGGGAAAAGGCACUGCGAAUGCAUCCGCUAUCUUCAACGUGACAGGAAUCAACGAAGACUGGAGCGUGAGCCACAAUGAAGAUAGGAAAACCACAAGUGCUAGCCAAGGAACAAUUAUCGUAGGCACGAUCGGCAAUUCAAGUUUCAUCGAUGGAUUGAUCGAAAAUGGAAAACUGGAUAUCAGCAAAAUCGAGGGCCAGUGGGAAGCGUACACUAGCACCACUGUGAAAAAUCCCGUCAAUGGAAUAGAGGAGGCUCUCAUCAUCGCUGGUAGCGACCGGCGUGGCACCAUCUACGGAAUCUACGAUCUUUCCGAGCAAAUCGGCGUUUCUCCUUGGCACUGGUUCGCCGAUGUCCCUGCAAAGUCCCACGCAUCGAUUCAUGCUCUCCAGACCACCAAAGUUCAGAAGAGUCCGACUGUCAGAUACCGCGGCUUUUUCAUCAAUGAUGAAGCGCCUGCGCUGACGGGAUGGGCAAACAAGAGAUAUCCCCUGUCUGCCUACGGCUGUCCAUUUGGAGCCGAGUUCUACUCACAUGUUUUCGAGUUGCUGCUUCGAUCAAAAGCAAACUAUUUAUGGCCAGCCAUGUGGAAUGGCAUGUUCAACGUUGACGAUCCACGAAACCAGCCGCUUGCCGACGAAUAUGGCAUUGUCAUGGGCACGUCUCACACAGAGCCCAUGGUUCGCGCAACUCAGGAGUGGAGCAAAGUCGCCAAAGGCGCCCAAUCCGGAUGGCAGUGGGCGACUAACAACGCAACGCUUUAUGACUACUUUUACGAGGGUGCACAGCGUGCCGCACCUUACGAGAACAUGGUAACCAUUGGUAUGCGCGGGUAUGACGAUACAUCCAUGUCAGCUGAUGUGCAAACGGACGUCUUAGAAGCUGUAGUCACAGCCCAGCAAGACAUCCUGAACAAGAUACAUGGAGACGCGUCCAAAGUGCCUCAGAUGUGGUGCUUGUACAAAGAAGUUCAGGACUAUUUUGAGGCAGGAAUGCAGGUUCCCGAAUAUGUCACUCUGCUCUGGACUGAGGAUAACUUUCAGAACAUCCGAAGACUGCCUGUGGGUGAUGAGAAAAACAGAUCCGGCGGAGCAGGCGUAUACUAUCACUUCGAUUACGUUGGUGAUUCACGAAACUACAAAUGGUUAGACACGAUCCAACUUCAGAAGACCUACGAGCAGAUGCGUCUUGCGAAAGAUCGUGCUGCAGAUCGCAUCUGGAUAGUGAACGUUGGUGACAUCAAGCCCAACGAGCUGGCCAUCAGUCAUUGGUUUGACAUCGCAUACGAUAUUGACGCCUAUAACGAAACUUCGGUACCGCAGUGGAUAGCCGGAUGGGCAGCUCGAAACUUCGACGACCAGUAUGCUCAGACUAUUUCCGAUGUUAUGGACGAGUACGGUACGCUUGCCAGCAUGCGCAAAUUCGAAUGGGUCGAGCCAUCGUCGUACAGUAUACUGAACUACGAGGAAGCUGAUCAUAUUCUGUCUCGCUGGCAAGCGAUUGGUCAAAAAGCGCAAACAGUGAACGAAGCCCUUUCUGCGUCACAACAACCCGCAUUCUACCAAAUGGUUUUGCAUCGUGUACUUGCCGGCGGGAAUUUUGUAGACAUACAGAUUGCGGGCGCGCGGAACAUCAUCUACAGCGGCAUGGGCAGAAACAGUGCAAACAAAUGGCUUCAACACGUCAUCGACGGAAUGCUUAUUGAUCACAACCUCACAAAGCGGUUUGAUGAGUUGUUGGGCGGCAAGUGGGCGCAUAUGAUGGACCAGACCCAUCUAGGGUACAAGGGAUACUGGCAACAACCAAUGCGCCAAUCUACACCUGAUCUUCGCUGGGUGCAGACUCUCGAAAAGUCUCUCGCAGGCGAUAUGGGUAUAUCGGUUGAAGGAAGCAACGCCACGAUUCCAGGUGACGACCAAUACCACAGCAACGGCGGCUCCUCUCUGAAUCUCCAAGCUAUUUCGCCUUUCACUCCACCACGCUGGCUGGAUAUUGCACAUGUUGGAACUGAAAGCUUCGACUGGAAUAUUUCCGCAGACCCCUUCAUCACACUAUCGCAAAGGUCUGGUACGCUCAACCCAGAGAGCGAAGAUACUAGGGUAUAUGUGAACGUGAAUUGGACUUCAAUUCCCGAAGGAUUUGGCGGGAAGUCGACGUUGAAUAUUAGUAGCACGACGGGGUAUGGAACGCAGGGCGGCAAUCCGCAGGUUGUGGUACAAGUCAACCACACCAGUAUACCGUCCUCAUUCACAGCUGGGUUCGUCGAGUCCGCCGGCCAGAUAGCUUGGGAAGCAGAACACUACACACGCAUCACUCCCUCUUCGUCACACGCGAAUCUAACAUACGCGGUUCUGCCCAAAUAUGGCCGCACGCUUUCCGCAGUUAAGUUGAACGACUCGCUUGCUGAAUCUCUGUCUUCUUCCACCGCGCCCGCGCUCGAAUAUGACUUUUACACAUACACGCCGACAACUUCCUCGAAGGGUCUGAAUCUCACGCUCAUACUAUCGCCUUCUCUAAACAUCAACCCCAAAAAGCCUUUGGCAUACAUCGCUCAAAUAGACGACAAGCCCGAACAAAGGCGGCAAUAUGUGAUCGAUCAACCACAACCAAACUUUCCAGUAAAUUGGGGCACCGCGGUCGCGCAAAACGCGUGGUAUAAUACCACCAACUUUGGGCAGGUCGAACCUGGGAAGCAUACGCUCAAGAUCUGGUUAGCAGAAGCCAAUGUUAUCUUGCAGAAGGUAGUACUCGAUUUGGGAGGUGUGGUAUAUAGUCACAACGGGCCACCUGAAAGCUUUCGGGUUUAA